AUGAGCGCUAAGGUAAAAUGGAUUUAUUUGGCGGCAUUUUUAGAUUUAUUCGCCGUUAGUUUAAUAGUACCAUCAAUGGGAGCGCAUUUGAAAGGAUUAGGCGCUUCUUAUUUUAUGAUAGGAAUGAUGACAUCUAUUUACGCUCUCACUCAACUAUUGAGCGGCCCAGGCAGCUGGAGUGAUAAAAUAGGCAGACAAAAAUUAUUUGUAACAAUCUAUUUAAUUGUCGGUUGUUGUUAUCCACUGAUUGGAUUAGUCAACUCAUAUUACAUUAUUUUAUUGCUAAGAGCUACAAUCGGAGUCUUCAAACAUGGACAGCAAAAAAAAGAUGAACAUAGAUCAAAGUCUUUGCGUCAAGAAAUCACUGAAGCGAUACGCAGUCUUGCAGACGUGAACUGGCGCCUGUUUGGCCAAGUAUUCGCGUUAAAAUUUAUACUCGACAUGUCAGCGGGCCUGUACCACUCUAAUUACAACUUGAAAAUACAAGAGCGAUUUGGUAUAACGCCCAAAAUUUCAGGAUAUACGAUAGCGUUUCAGAGUUUCGUCGGUGUUAUCACUGGACUGUUUGUCGCUAAAAUAAAUGACAAGUUGUACAAUUCUGAUGUGGAUUACAAAAAGCGGAAUAUGCAUGGUUACAUACUGAUGGUUGUUGGAUACCUAGGGAUUUACUUUGCAAGCAGCUUGAGAGUAUUUCUUCUUUGGACAGUCAUUCUCAAAACUAGCCACAUGUUUCUGAGGAUAAUUUUAACUGAUAUGCUGAUGCGAAAAUGUCCACCUUCACAAACCGGGUCUGUUGCCGGUACGUCGAACAGUGUAUCGAAUUUGGCGCGUCUGAUUACCCCCGUGGUUGCCGGGGUUUUCGAAGACACUUGGGGGACCAACAGCGCUAACUUUUUGGCAGCCCUCGUUGCGAGUAUAGGAAUUUUUAUUGCAUUGGGGAUAAGCAGAAGUCAUCCGAAAAGUCAAUAA